AUGACCACUCCAGCUCUCGUUGACCACUCGCCCCACCAGCCGGAGCCCUCGCCUCCUGUAGCCACGGCGUCUAAUCUCAUCCUCAUUGACAACUAUGACUCCUUCACCUGGAAUAUCUAUCAAUACCUGGUUCUCGAGGGUGCUACGGUCCAUGUUUUUCGUAAUGACCAAAUCACUAUUGACGAGCUGGUAAAAAAGAACCCAACGCAGCUCAUUAUCAGUCCCGGCCCUGGCCAUCCUACCACCGACUCUGGUGUCAGCAGGGACGCCAUUCGACAUUUUGCCGGCAAGAUUCCCAUCUUUGGGGUCUGCAUGGGACUGCAAUGCAUGUUUGAUGUCUAUGGUGGCCAGGUCGACUCUGCCGGGGAAUGGCUCCACGGCAAGACAUCGCCAUUGACCCACGAUUCGAAGGGUGUCUUUGCCGGUCUUGAACAAGGCCUGCCUGUAACCCGAUACCACUCUUUGGCGGGCACCCGUCUGACACUUCCCGAAUGUUUGGAGGUGACGUCUUGGGUGGCCAAGGAUGACGGCUCGCAGGGCAUCAUCCAAGGGGUCCGCCAUAAGAAAUUCGCCAUGGAGGGUGUACAAUUUCACCCUGAAAGCAUUCUGACAGCCCAUGGCCGUACAAUCAUUAAGAACUUCUUGCGCAUGCAGGGUGGAACCUGGGAAGAGAAUGCCAGGCUGCAGAGGACAGCCGCAGUCAACGAGACCACUACAGCUGCACCAGCAGUGAGUAACAACAUUCUCCAAAGAAUAUACGCAAAUCGGAGAGCAGCCGUCGAGAUUCAAAAGCAGAUCCCUUCUCAAAGGAUGUCUGAUCUUGAAGCAGCCUACAACUUGAAUGCUGCUCCUCCCCUAGUCCCCUUCUUGGCUCGUCUUAAGCAGACGCCUUUUGAUGUGUCCUUGAUGGCUGAAAUCAAGCGCGGCUCUCCGUCCAAGGGAAUUUUUGCCCUUGACAUAAGCGCACCAGUGCAGGCCAGGAAGUACGCCUUGGCUGGAGCAAGUGUCAUCUCAGUGCUUACCGAACCUGAGUGGUUCAAGGGUAGUAUUGACGAUCUCCGUGCCGUUCGGCAAGUCCUCGAUGGUAUGCCAAACAGGCCUGCCAUUCUCCGAAAAGAAUUCAUUUUUGAUGAAUAUCAAAUUCUGGAAGCAAGGCUGGCCGGUGCAGAUACUGUGCUUCUGAUUGUCAAGAUGCUUGAGACCGAACUCCUUGAACGACUGUACAAAUACUCCCUUUCGUUGGGCAUGGAGCCUUUGGUAGAGGUACAAACUGCUGAGGAAAUGGAAAUUGCCGUGAAGCUCGGCUCGAAAGUCGUCGGUGUCAACAAUCGAAACUUGGAGAGCUUUGAAGUCGACAUGGGCACAACCGGCCGACUGCGGAAGAUGGUUCCCCAGAACACCGUCAUCUGUGCUCUCUCAGGUAUCAACAGCUACAAGGAUGUGCUUGCAUGCAAGAACGAUGGUGUCAAGGCCAUUCUUGUUGGCGAGUCGAUCAUGCGAGCGCCAGAUGCCACAUCAUUUAUUGCGGAAUUGUGCUCAGGAUCCAAGCCUGCAAUGAAGAAACGACAGCCGAGGCCCCUCUUUGUAAAAGUUUGUGGAGUUCGAAGUCUUGAGGCGGCGAAGCAGGCAGUGGAAUCCAAGGCCGACUUCGUUGGGAUCAUCCUGGUACCCGGCACCAAGCGGUGUGUCUCACACGAUUCUGCUUUGGCCAUCUCGAAAGCUGUUCACGCAUCAGGGGACAACCUGGCGGACAGGAAAGAAGAGCCGAUUUCAAAGAGCGGAGCUACUGACUUUUUCGCCGCCGCAGAAGAUCGUCUGCAAAGCUCGAGGACGCGGCUGGUAGGCGUGUUCCAGAAUCAACCCCUCAGUGAAAUCUUGGAGAAACAGCGACAGUACAAGCUGGAUUUGGUGCAGCUCCAUGGUGAGGAGCCCAUCGAGUGGGCAAAGUUCAUCCCCGUCCCCGUCAUCCGAUCAUUCAAGGCAGACAACGUCGGAAUAGGACUGCGUGGCUAUCACACCAUUCCUUUGCUCGACCCAGGUGCUGGGUCUGGAAAGCUGCUAGACGUCUCUAAAGUGAAGGCGGCUCUGGAAGGGGACCCUGAUCUGCGAGUAUUCCUUGCUGGCGGCUUGAACCCCGAAAACGUGGCCGAAACAGUCAAGGCGCUCGGAGACGUCAGUGAUCGUGUAGUUGGCGUGGAUGUCAGCAGUGGUGUAGAGGAAGGUGGCGAGCAGAGUCUUGAGAAAAUCGAUGCUUUUGUCAAAGCUGGCAAGACGAUUCGAUAA